GCUGCCGCCGCUGCUGCUGCUGCUGCCGGGACCCGCGCAGCGCGCCUCCGCCAUCGACAGGUCGCAAUGCCUCGCGCCCCUGGGUAUGGAGUCCGGUGCCAUUGCAGACGAAGACAUAUCGGCGAGCUCCUCCUUUGACAGCGGCAACGUCGGACCGCAAAAUGGGAGGGUCCGCACGGAGCGUCACGGAGGCGCGUGGUGCCCCAAGCAGCAGGCGACGAUGGAGCCGAAGGAGUGGCUGGAGGUGGACCUGCGGCAGGUGCACCUGGUCACCGCCACCGAGACGCAGGGCCGCUUCGGCAACGGCGAGGGCCAGGAGUUCGCCGAGGCGUACAUGCUGGAGUAUUGGCGGCCCCGGCUCGGCAAGUGGAUCCGCUACCGCGACCACAGCGGUAAAGAGGUGCUGAAGGGCAACACCAACACAUACCUAGAGUCCAAGCAGGAGCUGGAGCCAGCGAUCUGGGCGAGCAGGGUGCGCUUCCUGCCCUACAGCUUCCACCGCAGGACUGUCUGCAUGAGGGUCGAGCUCUACGGCUGUCGUUGGACAGACGGCGUGGUGAGCUACUCGAUGCCGCAGGGCGACAAGCGCGGCGCCGGCUGGGAGUUCUUCGACGCGACGUACGACGGCCACUGGGACGGCGAGCUGCGCCGGGGGCUCGGCCAGCUGACGGACGGCCGCGUCGCGCCGGACACCUUCCGGGCCGGACACUACACGGCCGCCGACAGAGGCCAAGGAUGGGUCGGCUGGAGGAACGACACCCGCGGAGGGCAGCCCGUUGAGAUUAAGUUCGAGUUCGACAAGGUUCGUGAGUUCAACGCCGUGCACAUAUUUUGCAACAACCAGUUCACGCGGGAUGUGCAGGUGUUCUCGGAGGCGAACGUGCUGUUCAGCGUUGGCGGCAAGAUCUACGAAGGCGAGCCCAUCACCUUCACGUACAUGGAGGACCGCAUCUUCGAGAACUCGCGCAACAUCACCAUCAAGCUGCAUCAUCGUGUGGGCCGCUUCGUGAAACUCCGGCUGCACUUCGCCAACAGGUGGAUCAUGAUCAGCGAAGUUUCUUUUGACUCUGUGAUAGCGCACGGCAACUUCUCUGAGGAGGUGCUGCCCGCGCAAGACGCUCCGGCGCAAGACGUGUUCAUCGAGAGGGACCAGCAGCACGCCGGGGGACGGCCUGUGUCGACGGCCACGGAGGAGGAGCACACGUACCUGGCGGUGAUCGUGGGCGUGCUGAUGGCCGUGGUGCUGCUGCUGGCGGCCGCCAUCUACGUGAUCGUGUCGCGCCACCGCCAGCGCAAGUGCUUCGCGUCGCCGCUGGCCGCCAAGUGGGCGCUGGCGUCGGCGCCGGGCAGCGCCUGCGGCACGCCGGGUGCGUCGCCCGACAAGGCCGCCUCCUGCGGGGGCGGCGGGGGCGGCGGCAGGGAGGCGGCCACGCUCGACCCGCUGCUCGUCGCCAGCGACUACCAGGAGCCCUACCACGCCGUCAAGUACGCGCCCUACUACAGCUACAGCAGCGUGCCCUUCGAUGUGGACGGCGUCAGCGAGAAGGGCUUCGCGUCGCACAGUGAGAGCGGCCCCGACUACGCCGUCCCGGACACGGGUCUCCGGCCGCCUCCCACGCCCCCGGCGAUCUCGCUGUCGGAUGACGUCGGCAGCAUCUUCUCCAGAGGCAGCAGGACCCUCUCCAGGGCCAAGAAGUCUCCUGACCGACCAGGAGCGUUGGCAGCCCUGCGACGGCGGCUGCAGCAAACGGCGCUGCCGGAGUUCCCCCGGCACAGGCUACGCAUGCUCUCCAGGCUGGCCGAUGGUGCCUUCGGCACGGUGUACGUGGCCGAGGCGGACGGAAUCCCAGAGUACGGCAGCUCGGCGACGCUUGGGAAGCGCCUGGUGGCCGUCAAGUUCCUGCCCACCGCCUCCACCGAACAGCAGAGACAAGACUUCCUGCGCGACGUGCGCAUCCUGGGCGCGCUGGAGGACGCGAACCUGGCGCGCGUGCUGGGUCUGAGCACGCGCGAGGAGCCUCUGGGCGUCGUGCUGGAGUACCUGGAGCACGGAGACCUCACGCAGUUCCUGCGCGCGCACCAGCUGGCCGGCGACGCCGCCCACUCCACGCACAACACGCUCAGCUUCAGCUGCCUGCUGUACAUGGCCUGCCAGAUAGCGUCUGGGAUGCGUUACCUGGAGACGCUGAACUUCGUUCACAGAGACCUCGCUACGCGGAACUGCCUGGUCGGUGAGGGCUACCACGUGAAGGUGUGCGACUUUGGCACCGACAACGAGCUGUACGCAGCUGACUAUUACAAGGUGGACGGCGCCAACGCGGUACCCGUGAGAUGGAUGGCCUGGGAGUCGGUUUGCCAGGGCCAGUACACGACCAAGAGCGACGUGUGGUCGUUCGGCGUGACGCUGUGGGAGGUGCUGACCCUGGCGCGCCGGCGGCCGCUGGAGCCGCUGUCGGACGCGCAGGUGCUGGAGGCGCUGGCGCGGCUGCAGCAGCGCGACGAGGCCGACGAGGCCGGAGGCUGCGGCGACGACGACGCGGACGUGGACGCGCCGCUGCCGCUGGGCGCGCCCGCCUGCUGCACCAAGGACGUGCUGCGCCUGCUGCACGAGUGCCGGCGCCGGCACGCCGCGCGCAGACCGGCCUUCCGCGAGAUCCACCUCUUCCUGCAGCGCAAGACGCUGGGCUACGCGCCCGGAAUCUUCUCCUGAUGCCUCGACGACGUGCGCCUGUGAACCUCGUCCUGUUCCGGCGACGGCCUAGGUAUCUGAGUCCGUAACAACUGCGGACAGCAAGUCCUGCGAGUUGCGUGGGAUGGUCAGAACGUUUUGAUUAUCAUCUCCAAAAAAUAGGUCACGCGAUUAAUCUUUUGUUGACUUGAAGUCCUGGUACAUACCGCAAUCCGCACGCCACAUUAGCGCAACAUGCAGGAGCAGAAAUGAAAAGUACAUGGCGCAGUCGCAAUGGGAAAAUGGACCGGUAUUUUAGUUCUGGGUAACAGAUAGUUUUCAGUAUUUGUUUGAACCCAGUUAUAACAGGUAUUUUUCAAUUUUCUGACAACCGAGAAAAUAAACGAAAUAUGAAUUAGCCAUAUCAUAUUUGCAAAAUUUUUCGUUUCCAAAUAAACCUAUUUUAUAAAAGGAAUAAUUAUUAUUCGUAAAAUUUGCUUUGGUUUCAAAUGUUGCGUUGUUAUAGCAUGUAGGUAGGGCGAUCUGUGCUAUUUUAAUAACAGUGCCAACAGAAACGUGGAACAAACGUAUGUCAUAACAACUGGUAUAGCACUGCUCAGACGAUGAUGUCCUCCUUGUUUGUGUCGUGGCUCAAGGUAUGCCUGUACGUGCGGUGUGCAGCACUUGUGCCCACCUCGUCUAUAAGGCAGUUUUUCGCCGACGUCGCCGAACACCCGCUGUACUGCAGAUCGGCACCGACCCUAGAUGGAAGUAUUUUUGCGAAGUGACGUAGCAAUGAACUGCAGUGCUCUAUUUGCUUUAAAAGAUUAAAGAUUCGUCUGCCAUUUCUAUGAAAUAAUAAAACGGGAAGGUAAUUAUGGUAACAGUAAUAAAUGAAAGAUUUAACAACAAUUCAUGCAUAGUAUACAAUAAACAGAGAAAGUAGUUGAUCUGUUGCCUGUAGCUACAUAACAUGCCUUUAUCUCCUUGUAGGUGUUGAAAACGGACAAAUUAACACGGAAAUGGACUCCUUCAACCUCAAUUUUCACUCUUUAUCACUAGCGAUUCGUAAUGCCCAGACACUGCAAUGAUCCCCGUUACAACAUGUUGAUUUUUGAGCAGAGUUUCAAAAAAUUAUGAUCAUAGGAGA